AUGUGGCAUUGUGAGACCUUCUCUCAUUCUGUGGUUCUUUGGCCUUGUCUGGCUUUUUUGGCAUCGGCUACACUCGUACGACUGAAGAGUUUCCCCUUCGACAUUGGAUGGUGGGGUUUUAUAUUUCUACUUCGAGUGUUUACUGCGAUCACAGUUCAAGUGGGAUCCGAGCUGCCUUUCAGAUUCUUCAACAUCCUAGGGAUGGUCAAUACCCCAAAUGAUGAUACUCUCGAUAUGCGUGAUGGUCAUCUAGAUUAUUGUGAGUAUCAGAAGUUCGAAAAGUGUGAUACCGGGGGAAAUAUUUCACGCACCUUGCCUCGCGGAAUUGCGUGUAGCGACCGAGGAGAGUGGCAAAGCAGCAUGAGAACAUUGUUCGCCGGGUAG